AUAUGAUGAAGAGGGAGAGCAGACUGGAAGUGGAGCAGGAAUGACAAACGUAGAGAAGCAGCAGAAGGCAUGAUGGCGUUGCUACAGCAAAUGCGCUCCCCUCCGCUCUCCUUCAUCCAGACUGUUCUGUCUCUCUGCCUGGCUGCCAUGGCGCUCAUGUCCUCCUACUGGUGUGUGGGUAAACAGAAGCUCCCCAAGCCUCUGUGUUCACCCAUCAAGCAUAGCAAAUGUAUCCCAGUUCCCGGCGUGUCCAACUCCUCCCGCAUCCAGUUCUCCUGGGAGACGGGAGACGACCGCUUCGUCUUCCCCGUGUUCCACACGGGUCUGUUUAUCACUUGUGAGGAGAACAUCUACACAGAUGAAUGGGAGGAGAAGUGUCGAGGGUUCCACACUUUGACUCCAGGAUCUGAAAAAGCAAUGAUGUGGUUGUCGCUGUCCUUGGAGCUCAUGUACGUGGGUCUGCUGUUCAUCAGCUGCAUACUGCUGUCUGUGCAGUUGUGCAUCAGGGCCUGGUUCCCCUCCACGCAGCGUUGGGGCCAGCUGCUCAACGCGUUUGCUGCGGUCUUCACAGUCCUGGGAGGUCUGCUUGGAAUGGUGGGUCACAUGAUGUUCAUGCAGGUGUUUCAGACGACAGUGUCCAUUGGCCCAGAGGACUUCAAGCCCCACAGUUACGGCUAUUCUUGGGCCUUUUAUAUGGCCUGGUUUGCCUUCACUAUCUGCAUGUCAGCCGGCGUCUCCACCCUGAACAACUACACAAAGAAAGUCCUGAUGGUGGGAGCCCGACUUAACUCCAGCCUCAACCCCUUCAACUUUGUAGGGCUUUUGCCCCCAGCUCCUUACUUCAUUGCACCAAACGCUGGCAUGGUCCACGCUUAUCCCCAGUCCCACGCGCAAAUCUCCCAUUUGUCCCCUUACUACGAGCAGUCAUCAACCAAGUUACCACCGCCCGGUAAGCCUUCCCACUCCAUUCCUCUAUCCCACUCGAUGUCCUUCCCUACUCCAUCCUCCCGCCCUCCGUCCGUGUCCUCUUUGCACCGUUUGUCCCUCCCAUCUCCUUCUCAUUCAACCAGCUCGCCUGUUGUUGUCCACGGGCUCCUGACAGGUCACAAGGAGAACAUGGUCCCUCUUUACACGCCACAGGAGUACUACAGCCCUCUUUGAACUCUUAUGGCACGAUAGUAGAGUAUAGGUUUCUCCUCGGUGCAGUUCAUUUGGUCAGGGGUGAGCACAGUAACAGAACUCAGGUGCAGACCAAAUAAAUCAGCAGCCUGGUUACGGUUCAAAACAAAAGUGCAGUUGUGUUUUUAAAGCGAUCCAAUCCUGUAUCUUGUUAGACUAUCCAUACAUCAAUUUUCUUUACCGCUUAUCUUGUUGAGGCUCACGGGGAGCUGGAGCCUAUCGCAGCUGAUUUCAGGCAAAAGGUAGGCUACACCCUGCAAUGGUCACGAGUCAAUCACAGGUGAUAUACAGAGACAGACAACCAUUUAAACUACCACUCACACCAUCGCUGAGUUGAAAACUGAACUCAUGGUGCCUGUACCCAAGUCAGAUGAUUGGGACCAGAGAAAGCACAUAGCUGUGAAAGCAUUUAAUAUCCACUUGGGUGCAAUGGAAGUACUGUUGAUGACAGGAUGCAGCUGCCCAAAAGAGUUGACUCAAGAAAAGUUGGUAUCAUAAUGGAAAUGUGGUGUAAGAUUAUUCGCUAUUACAACCCCAAUUCCAAUGAAGUUUGGACGUCGUGUUAAACAUAAAUAAAAACAGAAUACAAUGAUUUGCAAAUCAUGCUCACCCUAUAUUUAAUUGAAUACACUACAAAGACAAGAUAUUUAGUGUUCAUUUAAUGUUCAUUUGCAUAGUAUAGUUUCAAGUUGCACUUACGGCUGUAGCGCCCAACUGUAUACACCGACAUUGGUUUU